UUUGGUAGUGUUGAUUUUUAUUAAGAAUUUUUUACGUUUAAUGUUACUUUGAUAUCAGUUUUUACACAUUAAGUAAUAUUGUGACUCAAAUUACUAGAAUUUUAGUGCAGUGACAGUUCUGUGAUAGUUUGAGGCAAAUAUUGUGCCACUGUUAUUGCGGGACCUUGAAGUCUACAAGUGAAUUUUUCUUUUGUUUGGAUAUAAUAUAUUAUGCCAUUCUUGUCAGGAGGUGGCCGCUGCAAAGCCCCAAGUGAUCUGCACAGUCCCAGCGCGUGUCCAUGAGAGACACAUGUCCAUAGCCGUCUCCGAGAAUGCAGGGCUCGGCCCGUGUGAGCUGUCGCUGGACUGGACUCUGUCGGGGAAAAUGAGCGGCGUGAGUCCGCUGCCGCCACACAACAAGAAAAUACGACGCAAGACAGAUGCUAAACCUCAAUCACAAAUAAAUAAGAAUAACAAUGAGAAACGACGUAGAGAACUCGGCAACGAGUACAUGGAACAGCUGGGGGAUCUCCUACAGAUCAAUCUGAAGGAGAUGUCCUCAUGCAAACCGGAUAAAGCAGCUAUAUUAAAAGAAGCUAGAGAUACUAUCCGCAACAUACUCGCUAAGCAGAACAACUGUUCUGUGUGCCCUAUCGGCUGUGUGGACUCUGCAUGCAGUCAACAUCCCGUUCAACAAGGGGAAGUUUCUUCAACUGAAACCCAGGCCGUACUAGGCGCAGGCCACGUCGGAGCGCGCAAUACUGAAAUUGCCUCUGUUAUCGAGUCGCUUCACCAUUAUACUGCCACGCUCGGGCUGGUUGUGCUUCAAAUCAGUGCGGAGGGUCGCAUCGAAUGUGUAACCGAAAACAUCUCCGACUUGAUCCGCUGGACUCGCGCCGAACUCCAACACAAGAGCAUUUACGAUUACCUACAUGAGAAUGACCAUGACAAAUUACAACCGAUAUUGUGUAACUUAUCAGCAGCAACAACACAAUCAACGCUGUGGACGCAUCAGUCAGCGCUAACAGACGGAUCAACUAACCAGCAACAACAAUCGUUGCAACAACAGCAUUCGUUUAAGCCAAGGGCUAUCCGCUCACGACUUUGGAUCAAACCGGCAUCGACCGGUGAUGCAAUGGAAGAUCAGCAUUCACGUUCGACCUACGAAGACGUGUUAAUCACAGCUAGUCUGAUCAAGACCGAUACGGACGAAAACACAGGAACUGUAGGCACACCUUCAAUGUUGUGCGUUAUCCGGAGGCCGGACGACGAAAACAAACAUCACGUUGCCGAUAAUACCCUAAUGCCCCAUACGUCCGAACAUGUCACACUCAAAUUGGAUUUGUCCGGGAAAAUAAUCGAUACAGAUUUUGCGGACCAAAACUUAAGAAAUUCUUUAUCUAAAGAUGUGAUAGGAAGAUCUGUUCAAGAAAUGUGUCACCCACAAGACGUUUAUCAAAUCAAUAGUCAUUUAAAAGAUAUUAUGCAAUCUUCAAAUAAUAUGGCUCAAUCACAACCUUAUAGGUUGAAAGUAGGAACAGGGCCUGAUGUUUAUGUGCAUGUUAAAGCGCAAUCGCGAUUGUUUAGAUCGAAUCCUACUACGAAAGACGGAGAUUUCAUUAUGGUUACGCACACACUUCUAUCAGAAAACGAGAUAGCAACACUAGAAGCAACAGGUAGUUUGAUAACCCCAUUGGCAGGUGGCAGUCACCAUAACAAUAAUAAUAUUAAUAAUCAUAGUGGUUUGGGUGGCCCACUUUUAGCCGCCACAGUAAACGGAACUCGAAAUGGAGUCAGCUCGUCUUAUGAUGGAACAGAAGACGUAUUUUUCAAUUCAGACCUGAACGACUUUUUCCCGCACUCAACAUGGCCCGAAAUGGACCCCGUACCUACCUGGGACACGCGGCCCGAUUCUCGUCAAAGUGUGACGCCUGUAUCAACACCUACCCCUAGUGUUCCUGGAUAUAGUCCUGCAGCUGCACCCAUAUGUCCGUCGCCUCUGCACGCAUACUCUGCUGGUGUCGCAUCUCCGGUUACACAUAACAAAUCGUUUUCUAGUGGUAGCAGUUCGCAGCCAGGCGGUCAUUCAAGCCCGUCUCCAUUGUCUGCCCAUUUUUCAACAUCUGCAGCGACAGUUGGACAUUCUAGUCCUUCACCACUGUCGAGUCAUUUUAAUCAAAAUACGACAAGUCCUUCUCCAGCGGCCCAGAAUCCUUCCACACCAUCUGCACAUCAAUUUUCGAACGCGUUUUCUUUUGGUCAAUGCGAAUCUCCUUUUGGUAUAGAUCCACCACCGUCAGCUGACACUAAACCCGAAAUAACUCCUGAAGUUAACAAUCACGAUUCUGAAAGACUUAGAAACCUAUUAACCAAUAAGAGAUCACAAUUGACAAAUAAUAACAGUAAUACAAGCAGUAACAUGAUGCAAAAACACCUGUCAAAUCAAAAUCAACAAAAGUCUAUGAUGCAUCAAUCAAAUAAGGAUGGAAGCGAUUUGCCGAGAAAUUCUAUGGAUAAAUCUGGUCAUGAGAGUCAGGAGAUCAAAAAUAAUAAUCGAAUACUAAAAGGAUUGCUUAAUCAAGAAGAUGAAGAAGAUAAAUGUGAUAACUCUUUACAGCAACCCCUUUUACCACCUCCAAGACCGAGGGCGCAGCAAACACAGGAUAAUAAGAGUGGAAACCACAUGUUAUUAAGGUUAUUAAAUGAGAAAAGUGAUGAUGAUGAUCCAGAUACUAAAGUUAAUAGGAAUAAUAGUGAAUUACGAACACAACUUCUUAAACAGAAUCAUGAUGAUUCAAGUAAAAAUACUAGUGAUAAUGAUGAAGUUCUUAGUAUUCUGGGUCUGCAGGGUCCUGCCAAUGACAAUUUUUCAAGACCACGGAAAAGACAUUCGACUGAUCCUGAUGAACAUGCAGUCACUAAGCGAUCAACAGAUUCACAAGUUACGUCAACAGGUCGAAGCAAAUUAUGGGAAAAUAAUAAAAUGUUAGCUUCGUUAUUAGCUAAUCCGCCUUCGGCUCCUACAAAACCCCUACCGAAUCCUAAUCCGGUUUUAUCGAGGCCGUUUCCUCCGGAUUCAGGACCGUCGAAAAUCAAUGCCAGGUUGAGUACGGCUUCACUUCCGCAACCAGCGGUACCCGUAUCUCAGCAGCAGCAACAACAAAACCAAAGUCAGCAUGGAAGCAAUAUGAGUGCGCAGCAACAACAACAACAGAAUCAGUCGCGGCAAACGCAUAUGCAAAGGCAUGGGGGAUACUUGAAUCAGAUGUUGAGCAACAGUAGUAAUGUCGAUAACAAUAACCAAAUAAAUCAACAACAAAAUAUGGUCAACAAAAUGCAACAAAGGCAACAACAGCAACAGCAAGUACAGUUUCAUAAUAAUGAAGUUCCGCAAUAUGCAAGUCCGGCUGCAAAUACAGGACCCGAUUUCAGGUCUACUGGAGCUGAAACCUAUGACUCAUUAUCUGAUAUUUUAGAAGUAUUGGAUAGUCAAAAUGAAACAUCAUCUUUUCUUACAAGUCUUAUAGGAUCAACAGGUGCCACGAAUGUCAAUAAUCUAAUGGGUCCCAGGCCGAAUGUGAGCUUAGUGGAUGGCGGAGGGGGUGGUUUGCACAACGCACAGCAGGCGAUAAGUGAGAUUCAGAAAAGUCUUAUGCAAUGUGAAACUGAUGUGAAUCAUGUAGGAUCACCAACAGUUUUACCUAAUACUCCACCUGCAUAUCCAACAAAUCAACCACAAAUGAAUCAAAGCCAAACCAAUUAUUUACCACCGCCUGGUUACCCAGCCAGGACUGGACGAUAUCCAGCGCGAUCUCCAGCUUAUUCACAAAAUUCCCAGCAAUUUGCAAUGCAGCGACAAAAAAUGUUUAGUAACUUGCAACAAAAUCAUUUGCAAAGGUUGUUGCAUCAACAAAAGCAGCAGCAAAUUGUGGUUCCCAGUAGCGCGACUGCUUCCCAGGAUCCAAUGCAAAUUCCAGGUGGAAUUGAUUCUUUAUUGAAUAAUACAGCUCCUCCUAAUGUUACAUUAACGAGGUCAUCUGGAGUUCAACAAGAACCUCAAUUAUCACCUGGCUUUACUAGUGGCAUGAUAUCUCCAGCCUCACAACUUUCACCAGGACAAAGGGUUAUGCAAUCUGGACCAUUUAGUCCUCAUACCUCACAAUCCCAAGGUUUUUCUAGCCAGGGGAUUGUACAACAAGGAGCAACACAUUCUACUCCUGCUUUUUGUAAUACAACUUCUCAACAACAAUGGUCUCAAGGAUCUCAGGCACGGUUGUCAAUGCAACAACAAAAUCCUAUGCUCAAUGCACAACUUAAUGCUGGCGGUGGCACGGCUAAUGCGGGCGGAUAUCAAGCAGCCGCCCGACAGCAGUUUGGAGCCCGUGGUCGGCUUCCAUCACCUGUAAGUGCAGCGGCUGUUAACUCUCGGCAGAGCCCAUUUCCUACGAUGGAGGCGAGUUUUGCAUCACCGUCAGAGAGCCCAACAGCUGCCACAUCUUCAGUAGCAACAGUUACUCAACAUCAGAAUGCCGUUUACCCAGGGCAAAAUCACAGUAAUCCAGCUACCGCUUACCAAAAUGCUAAUCAGAUUAGACUGCAGAGGCAGGUCAGCGCGCCGAUGGCAACGCAACAUUUGCCAGGUGGCGUGGGCUCGCCACGUUCGUACGGAACACAACACGAUAAUUAUCCACCAAAUUCGCCUCUGGCCUACGGGCCCCAGGAUGGCCUUACGUACUAUGACGCCAUGGCGCGACAACGACAGCAACAAUCUAUGCCCAAUAAUGGGGGUAAUAAUGGCAUGAACACAACUUCGGAAUAUGUUCGACAAGAGUUGCGAGCAGUGGUCGGGGCGCGGACAGGUGGUAGGCCAGGUUCGCAGGGUUCCAGUCAACAUCAACAAGUCCAGCAGCAACAACAACAAAUGGCCAUGAGUCCCAUGGGGAUUGGUCAAAUGAACCCCAUGGGACUCACGAAUCUGAAUACAGGUCAGAUGGGUGGAAUGAUGCAGUCAUCGAUCAUGCAAUCUCCGUCAGAUUUGGACGCGUUAGGUCUAGGCUUCGAUACCCACGGUGCCGACGGCAAGCUGUGGUCGCCCGACUUGUCUGACGCGCCAGCCACCUCGCCACCUCUGAGGACUACUACGGAGGAGGGGGCGCAAACCGGUGACCAGAAGGAGUCGUCACUUUUACAGAAAUUACUUUCUGAGUGAAGUAAAAGCGGCCCCUGACCUGUAUCGGCGCACUGUUAUAUGAUGUAACAGUUGUCGCCGUUUCGUGCUGUUGUUAUUCGCGUCACCGUUCCACGGGCCCGCACACUUUUGGGACUAGUAAUUGUUUAUUGUUGUUAUCUUCAAACAUUGUUGUGUGUUUUUCUGAUUAUACUUUGUUUUUGUGACGGGAUAUUUGUAUUGGUUACAAAAAACAACUAAAUGUGAGUCCGGACAGGGUUUGGUGCGGUGCGCGAUCUUUGUUUAAAAUGUGAUAUGUGAAUGAAACUGAAGAAAAAAAAAUUAAAAAAAAAAUGUAAAGCAAAAAAUAAAAAGGAAUAAUAUUUGUACAGAGAUAAAAUGGCUGGUGCUAAGUUACAAAACUAUUGAAGUAUGGAUUUAAAAUUAUUAUUAGAGAUAUAUUUAUAUAGAUUUUAGUCUUAGGGUAUGUAAUGUUUGUAUGCACGUAUAUGUAUAUAUGUGUAAAAAAUGAUGUUCUUUAUUGAAGUUUAUGCAUGUAUGUAUAUAUGUCUAUACAUUUAUAUAAUGAGGAAAAAUACUACAACACAAAAAAAUUAUUGAGAGUUAUACUUAGAAAUAAUCUACAUAGGUACCUCAGUGUUUAUAAGACAAAAGUAAGUGGUUGGGUUAGAAAGUCGAGGCUUGUGGAACUACGUGGGGUUAUUUCAAAAUAAAUAUUUUCAAUAUAUGUGUCGGGGUCCAAGUAUACUCCGUUGUAAAUGUAUAAAUAAAACAGGCCGACCCAACUUAAGAAUUUUCUGGAAAUAGAUAUUUAAACAUUAGUUGACAAAACACGUUUUACUGAAAUCAGAGUACAUAACUUCAAGUGCAUUAAUAUCGCUUAUUCUACUUCAAAACAAAGUAUUUUAAAUAUAAUA